AUGAAGGUAACACUGUCAGCUCUAACAUUGGUCACCACCUUCAUAUCCCACACGUCAACGAGAGGAGUCAAUGUCACCGUCACAGUUAUAACAACGCAAGUAGUUUCAUUUAUUGAUGACUUAUUCAUUGGCGUCACUCUGGACGCCCAUCUCCUGCCCGCCCCGAAGCACUGGGAAGGAUUGGACUUCAACUCUCCGAAAGUUCAGGCCCUGGCUAAAGGUUUGGCUCCAUGCUAUCUGAGGAUUGGAGGAACUGCGGGUGAUGGCCUGACCUUUGACCCUACAGGUCAUGGCACAGCAGAUGUCAAUCAUACAUUUACAGGAGCUACCUGGGAUACUGUUAAUACAUUUGUCCGGGAUGUCAACUGGAAGUUUAUAUUUGUUCUGAACGUACUGAAGAGGAAGGAGGGUCACUGGGAUCCUACCAACGCAAAAGAACUGCUGCAAUACAACAGUGAAAAGGGGUACCAACUGGCAGGCCUUGAACUUGGAAAUGAACCUGACAUAUUUCCUGAGCAAUAUAACAUCACUGUGAAUGGCAGUCAGUUGGGUAUGGACUUCUACAACUUCAAGAAGUUGCUCAGAACGACACCAGGAUAUGCGAAUGUGGAGUUUGAUUAA